CUGCAUUGAAAGUUGAGGUUGGAGAUUCGAGACCUGCGAGCUGAAUUUUGAGAUUGAAAACGAGAUCUAAGAUUUGAGAAGCGACUAUUAAUUCGGGCCGCAGACUUCUCUCUGGCAAAAUAUAGAUCCCCUAGUGGAUAAAACAUCAAAUAAAAACAGACAAAGAUGUUUAUCAGAAAUGAUCACAAAUAAAUCGAAAGGUCAAGCUGUAGUUUUAAUACGAACUACUUCUCGCCAUUUUGGAUGUGUAAAUUCGAAUCAUAGUAAAUUAAUUUUAUAUCAAGAUAUUCUAGUUUGUGACCCUUCUCUCUAGUGAUACACACAAUUGGAUCAAGUUAUAGUUCUUCCAUAAGUGGAAAUUAGAACACACGUUUGAUAAACCUGACAUUGUCAAACUGACGAUAUUGAGAAAUAUUUCCAGUUUCUUAAAAUCAUCGAAACGAAUUCAUAUUAAAGAUGAAGAAAAAGGUGCUAUUAAUGGGCAAAAGUGGAUCCGGCAAAACAAGUAUGCGUAGCAUUAUUUUUGCAAACUAUAUUGCUCGAGAUACUCAUCGUUUAGGUGCAACAAUUGAUGUAGAACAUUCUCAUGUUCGCUUUCUUGGCAAUUUGGUACUAAAUUUGUGGGAUUGCGGAGGUCAGGAAGCUUUUAUGGAGAAUUACUUUGCAUCACAACGUGACAAUAUAUUUAGAAAUGUAGAGGUGCUGAUUUAUGUCUUUGAUGUGGAAUCAAGAGAAUUAGAUAAAGACAUGCACUAUUAUCAAAGCUGUUUGGAAGCAAUAUUGCAAAAUAGUCCAGAGGCAAAGAUAUUUUGCCUUGUUCAUAAAAUGGAUCUUGUACAAGAAGACCAACGUGACUACAUAUUCAGGGAAAGAGAGGAAGAUCUGAAAAGACUGAGUUUACCUCUUGAAUGCACAUGUUUUAGAACUAGUAUAUGGGACGAAACAUUAUAUAGAGCAUGGUCAUCUAUUGUAUAUAUGUUGAUUCCUAAUGUAAAAGAACUUGAGCAAAGCUUGAAUCAGUUUGCUAAUAUUAUUGAUGCUGAUGAAGUUCUUUUGUUCGAAAGAGCAACCUUCUUAGUAAUAAGCCAUUGUCAGCGGCAGUUUCACAGAGAUGUUCAUCGCUUCGAGAAAGUGUCUAAUAUAAUAAAGCAAUUUAAAUUGAGUUGCAGUAAGUUAGCAGCGCAGUUUCAAAGUAUGGAAGUUAGAAAUACCAAUUUUGCAGCAUUUAUCGAUAUUUUUACUUCAAAUACAUAUGUGAUGGUCAUCAUGUCGGAUCCAACAAUACCAUCUGCAGCAACAUUGAUCAACAUACGCAAUGCGCGAAAACACUUUGAAAAAUUGGAGCGUGCCAGCCAGAGUUCAGCUUUAAGUAGAUAGAAAUUGGCACGACCCAGGCGCCUUGUCACCGGGUCCAACUUGUUAAUAACUACUAAGAGUAACAAGAAUCGAAACGUAUAGUAUCAUUACAAUAAUAAAGCGCCGUGUCUGAAACCAUACGAUUUUCUGUCGAGUUACAAUCUACUUUUAUGUAUAUAUAUAUAGCUUUCUACAUGUCGUUUAUGAUAAAAUAACUAUAUACAGGAUGCUGCAGUUAUACAAUUUGGAAAGAAAUGAUCCUUUGUGUAAUUCUACAUUUUUUUACUUAUUCUUGCAUAAAGAAGCAUUUCUUACUUGGUUGUAUCAACCGUUCUGCCUGUUUUUGCCGUUUUGAAGAGAGAGGCUGAUAAUUACAUAUUUCAGAUCGUACAUUAGAUAAAACUGUGGCUAUGUUCCGAUAUUCACUGCCAGUACUAAAAGUCUAUACGUCACGUCACAUGUGUUAUAGAUUUCCAGUACUGGCAGUGAAUAUUGAAAUACAGCCUGUAUAAUACUUCAUCGUUUACAUGUUUUACAUACGGAUACAUAAUACAUUGUAAUUUAUUGAUGUAAAGCAACUUUUAUAUAUGCGAUUUUGUUUUUUUUCUUUUCAGAAUCUUCAUUUUUUUGAUUUGAAGAUUCGAAUCAUUACAAUAUUGAAUGUGAAUAGUAAUAAUAAAUAAAAUUAAUUGCAGUUAUAAACCUGUUUUUACAUAUAU